AUGUUGACAAAAUUAUCAAAUUUUCCUUCAGUGUCGUUCACUAUCUUCCUUCGAACUGCAUCCAAUCUCCGGUCUGAUUUCGAAUUAGGAAAACAGAUGAAACUGCACAACGAUAACAAACAGUUUAAAAAAGUUCUCGAACUGUUCGAUCAUCACAACAAAAACAACAGUGCUCAAACAUGUUACAACUUAGUUAUCACACAAGUAUUAAAAGCAUGUGCGCAUCUAGGUGAUAUCAAACGUGGCAAAAUAAUUCAUGAAAUGGUUUUCUCUCGUGUCGACAAGGAUGUGUACAUACUAGUAUCCUUGAUUCAUAUGUACAUGCAAUGUGGAAAUGUAGCGCAAGCUGAGGUGUUAUUUGAGAAAACAGCAAAUAGGACAUUGCCAAUGUAUGGGGCGUUGAUGAAAGGUUAUUUAACGAAUAAUCAUGCACAAAAGGCAAUUGACGUUUUCAAUACAAUCGAAAAUCCUGGUGAAAUAGCUGUGAAUCUGUUCUUGAAUGCUUGUGCACAAUUGGGAACGCGUGAAGCUUCGGUUUCAGCAAAGCAGAUUUUGAGAAAAAUGCCAAAAUCAUUUCAUUCAAACUUAUAUAUCAGAGCAUCUCUAUUGGAUGUAUUUAUGAAAUGUGGUGACGUCGUUUAUGCUGAAAGGAUAUUUGGAAAAAUUGCAAAGAAAACAUCAGCGAUGUAUGGUGCGAUGAUUAAAGGCUAUUUAGAGAAUAACGAACCUAUGAAAGCAAUCGAUCUUUUCAAUCAAUUGGAUAAACCUGGUGAAGUGCAUGUGAAUCUUUUCUUCAACGCUUGCGCACAAUUAGGAACGCGAGAGGCUUUAGUUAUGACACAAAAUGCUUUCAAACACGUGCCAAAAGCAUUUCAUAUGAAUCCGAUCAUAGUAACUUCAUUACUAGAUGCAUUGAUGAAAUGCGGCGGGGUUACUGAGGCUGAAUCGAUUUUCGAAGAUUUAUCCAAUAAAACAAUACCGAUGUAUGGUGCUAUGAUGAAGGGUUAUGUAGAGAAUAACCAGAUGAAUAAAACAAUUGAUCUCUUCAAGCAAAUUCGAGAACCGAAUGAUGUUAUUAUGAUUGUUCUGUUUAAUGCAUGUGCUCAUCUUCGCACGAAAGAAUCAUUAGAUAUUAUUAAGCAGGCAUUGAGAAGAAUGCCGAAAUCCUAUUAUUCGAAUCCUCGAUUAUUGACCUCAUUGCUAGACGCAUUGAUGAAAUGCAAAGCUGUCGAAGACGCUGAAAAAUUAUUUGGAACGGUACCAAGGAAAACAUCGCCAAUGUACGGAGCUAUGAUGAAGGGUGAAGAGGACUUUUUCUAUAUAACAUACAAGAAAAAAGAAAACAUUUCUUUAGGCUAUGUGCUGAAUGGUUUGGCUACUAAGGCGAUAGACCUGUUUGUUAAAAUUGAAGAUCCUGAUGAGGUGAACAUCAUCAUCUUUUUUAAUGCUUGUGCACAUUUAAAGACAAAACAAGCAUUACAGUCGGUCCGAGAAGUUUUGAAGUCAAUGCCAACGUCGUAUCAUUCCAACUCACUUGUUCUUAGUUCACUAAUCGAUGCUUUGGUAAAAUGUGGCAGUAUCACUGAAGCGGAGUCCGUAUUCAAGCGAUCAGAAAAGAGAACAUCGUCUGUGUAUGUAGCUAUAAUGAACGGAUAUAAUAACGAUGAAUCACCAUGGAAAACACUGCGCUUAUUUGAUCAAAUGACAAUUGAUAUGAUCGAAAAAGAUAUUGUAGUUUGUCUGUAUUUGAUUAAAGCAUUAUCAAUGAUAGGUGAUUACUCCUUGUGUCAGUUGUAUAUCAAGAAAUUUCCAUGUGGUAUUCCGAAUGACAAUCAUGUUGCAUGUGCACUAAUCGACAUGUGGGGAAGAGUUGGUCAAGUCGAUGAAGCGAAGAAAAUAUUUGGAAAAGUUCGUGAUGAAAACUACGUUACAUACACAGCAAUGAUCCAUUGUUUUGGUUUAAAUGGAUAUGGCAACGAAGCUGUUGAACUUUACCAUCAAAUGUCUAAAGAGUUUGUCAGUGAAGUGACAAACAUUUGUGUACUGAAUGCUUGUUCACAUUCUGGGUUGGUGAAUGAUGCUCGUGCAAUUUUUGGCAAUAUUCCAGUAAAGACUGAGAAAAUCUAUUGUGCAAUGAUUGACUGCUUAAGUCGUGCGUCAUGUCUUGAAGAAUCUCAACAACUAAUUAAUGAAUAUGAGCGAUUUAAUCCACCUCUCCUACCUAUGUACACUGCAAUAUUAUCUGGUGCAAGAAAUUCAAGGAACACUGAAUUAUCACAAAGAAUUCAUGAUAGAAUGCAGAAACUGUUUCCUCGAGAUAAAGAUUCGCUCGCUGCAGCGACAAUUCUUCUGGCCAACGUGUAUGCGUCGACAGGAGAAAGUGAAAAGGCAUCAGAUAUUCGCAGUAAGUUGAGCAAAUCGGGUGCUAAAAAGAAAAUUGGUUUAUCAUGGACUACGAUCAAUGGAGAAGUAUUUGUGAGUCUUCAAUUUUCAUUAUAUAUUUUUAAAAAGCCAAAAUUUUCAAAGGAAUUUCGAGCGCAUGACCGGUCGCAUCCUCGCUCUAAUGAAAUUUAUGCUGAGUUAGAGAAAAUCUCCGAAGUACUUGUUGAACACAACCACGCAUAUGACUCAAGCUGUAUCACACGUGUGCUCAAUGAAGAUGAAACUGUCGAAUCUGUACUUAAUGGCCAUAGUGAACGUUUAGCGAUUGCAUGGAAUUUUGUGUUGAAUCCAAAAACAACAAGGAUACAAUUAAGAAAAAACCUUCGCAUAUGUAGUGAUUGUCAUGCAGUCACCAAAUUAAUUGCGAUGAUUCGUCAGUGUGAAAUUGUUGUGCGCGAUGCUAAUCGAAUUCAUCAUUUUUACACGAAUGGACAAUUAAAACGGAUUCCUCAUUGUGUGAAAACUCGAAGGCAACCACAAAAAAACCAAUCGUUAAACAUAUUUUUAAAUUAUUCACACAGAACGAAUUUAUUCAACAGCAAGGCAACUGACACUGAUAUCAUUGAGAUUAUGUGGAAUGAUCAAACGUCGAUAAUCUUAACAUUUGUCGCGACUUCUCCAGAAGUGAUAACAAUGUCAAAAUCAUCAUCAAUUUCAUCUUUCAUUAAACUUCUUAUUCUUUUGUUGUCAGUAAAAAAUGGACAGUUUAUGAUGUCGGUAAAAACUAGUGAUCAAGUGGGAUGUCUCACCAAUGUAAAAGAUUUUCAAAUUCAACUCAAUGACACAAACUUAGACGAGCAAAUCCAAAACUUAACAUCGCGUUUGAUUAAUCGUACCCAACAAGUAUCAUUUUGUUCGUUCAAUCUAUCCCUUUUACACACAACACAUCAAGUUAUAGUUCGAUAUUCACGUCCACCCAAAGUUGAAGCUGAUCAGAUAGUCGUGAAAACCGUCGUUGAGUUAGUUCGGAACACAUCGUUAGUGACCACAGUGCAAGGAAAAUGUACAACACAUGUAUGUGAUUUGGAAUACACAAUAAGUACCGUACGAUGGAUGUUAUCAGAAGGAAAAUCGUACAGUAAUUGGUUUAAUGAGUAUCAACUAAAAGAUUGUCAUGGUUUCACAUGUCUCAACAGAAAGUUACCAGAUGUUCGCUCGGCUCAGUGCGUAGCCACCGUGAGACCACCAUAUGUCGAACUUGAAAUAACUUAUUAUUGCAAUAGCAAACUCACUGAUAGUAAAAUUUUUCUUUUUAUGUGGGAAAGAGUCAAUAUGAAUAAAUUAUUCAAAACGAUUAAAUUAACAAAUUCUCCAGAUGACGAAACAACAGUUAAAACAACAACGAUGAGAAGAACAACAAUGAUAAGAAGAACAGCAACAACAACAGAGAAGAAAACGACAACGACGACUUGUUCAACAGCUUCAACAAAACUCUACACUUCAUUAAUCUUACUGUUUCUUCUCCUAAUCAAUACGAUUUUCUUUAAAUAUUGUUCGUAA